AUGAUGGCUUUCUUGAAGGCCGUUUCAGUUUUCUGUCUUUUUUCGCUAGUCUACGGUGGUGAUUCCAGCUGUUACCAAACAGUUCGUUCUUUUUUUAAUAUAAAAAAAGAUGGAAACGAAAUCGCUUAGAAAAAAAGCAAAGUGAUUGAGUCGAGACACGAGGCGGUUUGAAAAGGCAUUAGAGGAAUAUACCUCCUCUCACUUCUCUGGCCCCUUCUCGGACCUAGUCUGAUCUCUCUCUCUUUUGCCCGAUUUUGCUGAUCUUUAAAAUCUUUCCGAAGGCUAUGGCCAAUAUUUGCGUAUUCAAAUUGAGCAAAAUUUUUCUAAUUUUUUUCAAAACUUACGCAUGCGAGUACAGGUUUUCGUUCUGAUCAAAAUCGGUUGGUUUAGAUUUUAUUUAUGAGAAAUGUCUACACCUAACACUUCACUCUUUUUCAGAAGAAGUUUUCAUGAAUGUGGUUUUUAUGUUAGUAAUAACCACUUUUUUUCAGAAACGUGAGGCGACAGGACUCGAAUAUGCUCCGUUUGAGCGUUGCCUUAAAGCUGGCGACACGAUUACAGUCUACGGCCGCCCGAAUCCGGCUUUCGAGCGGUUAAUGAACAGAAUAUAACGAAAUAAUCAAUUCGCAACGACUUGAAGCAGUGUGUGAAAAAGCGUCGCGAUAGAUUCGAAAUUCCAAAUCUUGCUCUGGAAUGCGUAAAUUUUGCGACACGUCGAGCCAUUCCUGUCUAACAAAAAUAAGCAUUUGCCCCGCAGUAAACUUCGAAAAAAAAAAAGAAUUUUUCGUUGAUGUUUUUGGUGCACCCCGCGUACGUAAUAAGUACCUUAAUAUGCAUUUGAAGCUAAACGACUUACACUCGUGGUUACACUACGGGGUGCACCAAGAGCUCAACGGGAUGUGCACCGCAACUUUUGUUAGAGCUCGUGCGACCAGUCUUUCGAAACAGAAGGCUGAAUUUUAAUUUUCUUUCCACUUUGACUGUAAAUCUCUACCAGGGCGACCGCCCAGUGUUCGACAGUACUCCCAUAG